AUGGCAGAGCACGACUUGUUUGGGCCCAUUGCUGAUGUGCCGAUAGCUUGGUCAAGAUCGAGGGCGUUGAUGACCCAAAAGCUGCUACGUGUGCUUCCACUUCUUCCCGCAUUAAGGUUCUACCUGGGCAAGAAAGUAGCCUUCGUCUACCGCGCACAUCGGGAAAUUAGGGGUACAAAGAUCAGAGUCAUUUGGGGCAAAGUUACACGUUCACAUGGUAUGCUCAACCGAUGGGUUUUCUAUAUUGUCCACUUGCUGAAUGAGGUCGCUAGGCAACUCUGGCGUUGUGAGGGUAAACUUCAGAAGCAAUCUCCCACCCAAAUCUUUCGGCGCCUCGGUCAGAGUGAUGCUGUAUCCGUCAUCGAUUUAGCGUUUCAGCGGGUCUCGAAGAUGGAUCAGAAGAGGCGUUGUGGAGCCAGCUGCUGGCCCCAGUGA